AUGGCAUUAGCUGUACACACUUUUAUUGUUUCCCAUCCCAUUGUAAAAAUCAGACUGUUAACAGAUAAGUUUCUGGCACAGUGGAAUCACCAGUUUGUAUCCAUUAGGGGCAUAAGUGGACAAACUUUGCUGCACUUCAAAGCUUUACCAUACCAGCUGCUUCUGAAGAAAGUUUAAGAGGAACUGCUGUCUGCUGCAGACCCUGUCAGUGCACUACCUGGAAGUUUGGAAACAGGAAGCUGGUGUAAUGAACAUGAAGCGAUCCACAAACGCUUAGAUAUUAUUGAGGAGACAGUAAUAAAAACAGUGGAGCAUCUAGAGUCAGAAGUCAAGUCACUCCUCAGCAUCAUCAGUGAGACAACAUCAAAUAUCCACAUCACUCCAGGAACACCACUUAUAGACUAUUUUGAUGGUAAGUAUCUAGUGGACAUAACCUCAGUUGAAAACAGUGCAAAGAUUGAUCCUGAUCUUACAACCAAAAAUAAUUACACCAACUCUUCCCUAUACAGAUACCAGCUGAGCAUUGCGAAGACAGAAGACAGCCAAAUGUAA